CCGUGAUUGAUUCUAUGCUAACAGCCAAUGUCAUGUUUCACAUUCUGGUUCUUACCAACCCUACAAUAUUCAUCAUUCCAUGAUCCUGUAGGUCCUAGAAUUACAGUUCCAAGGAGUCUUCGGUGGGCAGCUUGUGGAGCAGUGUCAGUGAGUUCAACAUCUGCAUUGCUGGUUCGCCUCUUCAGUCCUGAAUGUGAACCCCAGAAUAUAGCAGCUUACGACAAGAAGUAGAUGCAUCCCUCUGUCUGGUUCAACAAUUGUCCGCUAGGACAAACUUCCUAUAAUGUUUGUUUCUUUGCCAGUGAAGUGAUGAAACCGUAGAUUACUUCCUGAGAGGUGUAUGAGAAUUGAUGUAGUGGUCGAAUAGAGCUAGGGGGACCUUGGUAUUGCAUGUAGUCAAUCAGUAAUUGCCUCACUUUUUUAACCUAUGUGCACGGAGGAACAUAUCCAUCAUUUUUUUUUUUU